ACCUUUAUUCACGUUAUUCACAACCAUUCAGUACUUCAGGUUAUGAUACUGUGCAAAACGAGUGAAACGAAAAAGAAUAAAGUAUUCAUUUUAUUUGCUGUUUAAUGCAUUAAUGUAUUAAUCAAUUUAAAUGGUUGGAACCGGGUCUAAGUGUUGCUGUUAAUAUUGAAUCCUAUUUCAAAAGUGACUUAAACAUGCCGUGCUGGUAUUAUGAAAAGAAAGAACUUCGCAACACACCAUCUAUUCAGGAUGGUAUCGAUUAUGAAACAGAAUGUAGAUAUCGAAAAGAAGGUGCGCGUUUUAUAAUAGAUACUGGUACAAAAAUGGAUUUAGGUUAUAAUACGAUGGCAACGGGUGUUGUUUAUUUUCAUCGGUUUUACAUGUUUCAUUCGUUCAAAAAUUUUCCACGAUAUGUGACGGCUUGUUGCUGUUUACUCUUAGCUGGCAAAGUUGAAGAAACUCCAAAGAAGUGUAAGGAUAUCAUAAAGACUGCCAAAACUUUAGUGUCAGAACAAAAGUUUAUGACAUUUGGAGAAGAUCCCAAGGAAGAAGUAUUGACCUUGGAAAGAAUUUUGUUACAAACUAUUAAAUUUGAUUUGCAAGUGGAACACCCAUAUAGUUAUUUACUAAAAUAUGCAAAGUGUCUAAAAGAAAAUUUUGUGCUAUUUGCAGGUGAUAAAAACAAAUUACAAAAAAUGGUUCAAAUGGCGUGGACAUUUGUCAAUGAUAGUUUAUGUACCACUCUGUCGCUACAAUGGGAACCAGAAAUCAUAGCUGUUGCUCUAAUGUAUUUGGCAGGAAAACUAAGCAAAUUCGAAGUGGUAGAUUGGGUUGGAAGACAACCGAAACAUUUACGCUGGUGGGAUAUGUUUGUCGAAGAUGUGACUAUGGAUCUUUUAGAAGAUAUUUGUCAUCAGGUGCUGGAUUUAUAUUCGCAAGCUAAUAAUACAAAACCACCAGAUUCACCACCUAUGAUACCACCUAGCGAAGUGUGCAGAGAACGAUCUGUUACUGUUACUACUAUAGAAUCUGCAUCUAACACACCAAACAUUUUGGAAGCAUACAUUAAAACAAAUUUUGCGUCAAUUUUUAAUACUAAACUAAAUAAAAACAUAGGUUGCGGUUCAAUUACUGACGGAACAUACAAAGUAGAAGUUCAUAUAACCAAUUUUGACACAGAAAAAUAUGCUGCUUUAAAAUUUAACAAAGGAGACAAAAUUGAAAUUGUCGGAACGAUGCAAAAUUCAGUUACACCUGGGAAGUCUUGUAAAAGCAUCGAAGCGUCAAUAGUUUCUGCAAAUGGAUGUCCCACUACGGACGUCACAGAUACGAUAAAACCGAUAGAUACCUCGACGGCGCAUUUCCCCACGUAUUCAACGAAUUUUGCGUCCAACAAUACAAAUUAUCCACCGGCAUUUCCACCUACAAACGUUUCGAUUCCUCCUCCUGUGAAUACAAUGAAUCAUAUCGUGCCAACGAUACAUCAUAUAGGAUCAACUGCUGCUAUUCGCCCUACACCACCGUCGGCACCACCUUCUGCCAAUCAGACCACGUUCCAACCAUAUUCUUAUUCGACAAAUGCGUCAUAUUUUUCAGCGAAUAAUCCAAUUCCGUCAGCUGCACCGCCGCGUAACUAUUAUCCACCACAACCAUAACGGAAAACAGUAUAUCGCACAUCCAAUGUAAACUGUAUCAACAUCAUCUAAUAUACAGGCUGCAUUAAACAUUAGAAUAAUGAAAACCUUAAUUCUACUGUAAAGAAUGACUCUUAAAGCAGAUGAAAUUUCGCCUAUUUGGGGCUCGCGAUUUUGGACCCGAAUUGUGAGCUAAAUGAUAUCUUAUGGUGAGAUUAAUUAUAAGUUGAGUCCACUUUUCGUUUCGAAGAUGUGAAGGAUUAAACUUGCUAUUCGGACUCGUUUAACAAACCAAUAACAAUCGUAAAAAGUGCUUUACAAAAAUCAAUUUUGUAACUAAUUGUUAUAAACAAAUUAUUAAAAAUUGUAGAAGAAAACUAAUUACAGCAAUAGAUUCUAUUGGAAAAAUUAAAGGAACAAUUUUUUUAAAUCGUGCUUUAUUUAUGGAAAAAAGAAUAAAUAAUAUAAAUUAUUGAAAUUGUUCCUAUCAACAACGGGUAGACAGCAAGGUUUAGCUAAGCAUUAACAAUAAGAAAAGGAAUACAAGUAUGAAAAAUAUUUCUUACAAAAAACAAUUUUACAAUUAGCUUGGUUAAGUUUAUUGAGCUUUUUUGCAUAAUAAGUGUGAUUUAAGAAAAAGUCAUACAUGUUUAUUUAGAGUUUUUUCAUAGAAUCGAUGGAUAUAAUCAGUUUUUUUCUACAGUCAAUUUUUAAUAAUUUGUUUAUGACAAUUAAUUACAAAUUAGUUACAAAAUUGAUUUUUGCAAAGCGUUUAUUAUUAUAGAAAUGAAUAUGUUUAUGCAGCUUGUAACUUUGAUUCAUGCUAAUGUUAUAUUAUAACUUCUAUUUAAUGUAAAUUGCGUUUAUAUGGUCACGUUUAUCUUAUUCUUAUCAAGUUGGAAUAGUUAUUUUCUUUGCCUUCUGUACACUGGAAUACCUUACAAAAUAAUAAAAUUAAAAUAUUUAAUUUU